UAACCGACGAAACAAAUUAGAUUGAAGGUACUCGGUCAAGAUUUCAUCUUCUUCAGCCGUCCACCUCCCUCUCUUUAUGCCCACUUUCUCACAGCAAGGGGCUCUUCCCAUUAUUCUUCAGGUUUCAGAUCAUGUACUCGGUCAAGAUUUCAUCUUGUUCAGCCGUCCACUUUCUAGAGAUUAAAGACGGUCUGCAAAAGUUGUUCUGCAUCUGCAAAAGUUGAUCUCAAUGAGAUUAAAGACGGUCCAAUGGAUCCUAGACUUGAAAUUGAAGAAUUAUCUAUAAAAUUUUCUCAACGGCAAGGACGGAAGGUUUCUGCAGCUUUUCUAGAUGGAUGGAUGCGGUUCUUUUGUCCACUCUGUCUAAUAUUCGAACAAAUUUUGUUGGUGAAUGGCUUGGUAGUUCAUCCUAUUGGAGUCGAGCUUGGUAAACCUGCUGCUAUGGUCUCGGCCGUCAGAAUCUCAUUAGUACUCUGUGGUGCUAUCUACUUCACCAUUGGCAUUUUCGGGUACCUCCUUUUUGGGGAUUCGGUCAUGGAUGACAUACUGGUGAAUUUUGAUCAAGGUUCUUCUGGUUCAACAAUUAGCUCAUUACUCAAUGACAUAGUUAGACUAAGCUAUGCGCUCCAUUUGAUGCUGGUGUUUCCACUUCUCAACUUCUCUUUGAGGGCCAACAUCGAUGAACUUCUGUUCCCUAAGAGGGCUGUUUUGGCAACAGAUAACAAGAGAUUUGUCAUUCUUACUCUAGUCUUGUUAGGCUUCUCCUACGUUGCCGCAAUAGCCAUUCCCAGUAUAUGGUACUUCUUUCAGUUCAUGGGAUCAACUUCUGCUGUCUGCCUUGCCUUCAUCUUCCCAGGCAUAAUUGCUUUAAGAGAUAUCCACGGCAUUUCAACAAGAAGGGACAGAAUAAUAGCAGCAGCAAUGGUCAUUCUAGCUGUUGUGACGAGCACCAUAGCUAUUUCUACGAAUAUAUGCACGUUAGUUGGAAACAAGUCAUAGGUCUUUGUCUUUUUCAGCUUUGUUGUGGUUGAGCUGUAUGUUUUCCUGUAUAAUAUC